AUGGAUUCUCACCGGACUAACGUGCUGGUGACGUCGUGUCUGAAGACCCCCGUGGACCCGCUCACCAAGGCUCCGCUGGCGUCGUACGAGCGGGACCGGGACCACCGGGGACACCGGGACCACCGGGACCACCGGGGACACCAGGGACACCGGGACCACCGGGACCACGAGGCGGAGCACGAGGACUCGGGCUCUGACUCCUGUGACGAUGAGCGUCUGGCGAACGGCGUGAUGAACGACCACGUGGCGUCGGGAGAACGCCUCGACCUCAGCGGCAUCUUCUUCUCCAACGAGGAGUACUACAGCAAGCUGGAGGAGCUGAAGAAGGCCCACCUCCGCACCAUGGCCGAGCUGGAGAGCAUGUACCGACGGAAGCUGCAGCUGAAGUUCAUGGAGCCUUCAGACCUGACGGCGCUGGAGGCGGGGCUAAGGUCGCUGGGGGGAGCUAGCAGCCCAGCAGAGUCCCACCGCCUGAGGAGGUCCCACUCGGCCGUGGAGCUCCGGAGGAGGAGGAGGAGCUCAGGACACUUGGACUCGUCGGACGAGGAUGAAGAAGUCAGCAACGAGGUGGAGACCGGCCGGCUCUUCUCUCCCAAGGAACACAUCAAGAACAUGUGGAGGGACUUCAAGCUGUCACCGAACACCCGUCACGUGACCUCCUCCUCCCUCCAGAGUCUGCCGGGAGACCAGACGAGAUCAGGAGAGAGAAACGCCAAGAAGAGGGAGACCUGGAAGCACCGGGUGACCAUCCCGAAGCCUUUCCACAUGACCCUGCGUGAGGCCGAGAGACAGAAGCUGGGCGUCAGGUCGCGUGCCGAGGUCGAGCUGGAGAACGCCGAGCUGCGGCGGCAGCUGGAGGAGCUGAGCGAGUGCCAGAGGAAGUUCCGUGCCAGCCCGGUGCCGGCACACGUCCACCUGCCGCUCUACGAGGAGCUGCAGGAGCAGAAGGACGAGCGGCAGAGGAACCAGCAGCAGCUCCGAGCCGUCCAGAAGCCCUUCAGCUUCCUGGAGCGGGAGCGGCUGAAGAAGGAGCAGAAGCAGCUGCGUGUCCCACCAGCGUCCCACCAGGACCGGGUCACGCCCUUCAAGGCCAAGCCGGUGCCCAGGGCCGUGUACGCCGCGGCGUCGGGGGGGCAGACGAAGGACGAGCAGCUGUAUCGCUCCAUCAGGACCCAGAUGAGAGCUGAGGAGCUGCUGCACGCCGCCUCCAUGCCCCCCAGCAUGCUGUCACCACGCCUCAGCCAGCGGAGGAAGACCCCAGCAGCCGGGGGGGGCAGCAGCUUCCCCCACAGACCCCAGAUCAACAGGGAGGUCCCGGACCACGACGCCAGCUACAGACGCUUCCAGAAGCACCUGGAGAAGCGGAAGGAGGUGAAGCCCACGACCACGUGUGAACCCUUCGACCUGAAGACGUCUCGGAUCCCCUCGCAGCGCCAGCGCCUCCUGCUGGAGAUCCAGAAGGAGCAGAGCAGCCCCCCCCGGACGCUGCGCUGGCCACACAUCACCUCCGGGGGGACUCGGACCCCGACCUCCAGCCUCGGCUCCUCCCUCUCCGGCAGCCUGGAGCUCCUCCCCACCAAAGGCACAGACGCCACCAAGAAGCGCCACGAGGCCGUGAGGAAGGUGCUGGAGCAGAGGAGGAGGGCCGGAGAGGAGGAGCAGCAGUGGAAGGAGAAGCAGCAGCAGAGGGAGAGGAAGCUGCAGCGGCUGGUGCUGAAGCGAGCCCAGGCCAACGACCCCCACACGGCUCUGUCCCAGGCCCACCCGACCAAACUCCACCAGUUCAGGAAGCGAGACCUCCAGCGCCGGAGGGAGUACCAGCAGGAGGUCCAGGAGAGGCAGCAGCGGGUGGAGGGCCGGCCGCUGCUGCUGGAGCAGGCUGCUCAGAGAAACGCCAAACAGGCGGCGGAGAAGCGCUUCACCGCGGCCGUGCGGGGGUGUGACGUGACGGAGGAGUUCCUCUGCAGCCGAGCAGCCGGACCAGGGUCCGCCCGAAGCCCCUCCCAGUCCAGUGACAGCAAACACAGUGACCAGGAGGACGCAGACAUGGGAUUCCAACCCGUCCGCUACAGGAAAGUCUUCCUGGACGACGAAGAUGUGGACGAUCCCACCGAGAGGCGGCGAGGGACGGAGGACGAGGACCAGGCCUCAUCAAACCGCCACGCUGGGGACGACCCCGGCGGUCACCAUGGAGAUGAUCAACACGGUUCUGAUGAUGGUUACCACUACUCUGACGACCAUGAGAACUACUCGGACGACAGCGAGGGUCACACUCAACGGCCUGAAGCCACGGAAUGA